AUGAGCAGCCCCUGUCUGCUGCGUGCUGCCCCCAUGAGCCAGCCCCGGCUCAGAGAGGUCAAGAUCAGCCUGAAGGCCAGCAGCAGGGAAACUGGAGCCAUUCGGAGCAGCAGUGGAGGGGCCAAGGAAGCUGCCAGCCGGCCCUACACCCCAGCAGAGAAAGAUGCACAAGUGCGGGUCGGCGUAAGCAGCAGUAGCCGGAGCAGGAGCACCCCACCGGUCCACCGGGCCCAGAGACUGGAAAGCAGGAAAACAGCAAAGGGUAGCAGCAGGCAGCAGGAGCCCCAGCACCACCCAGAGAGGAAUGGCACCAUCCUGCACAUCCCACUCGCCACACCAUCUGCAGGGGUCUCCCCCUUCUCCUCAUCAUCGUCCUCAUCCUCCACCUGCACCCCCAGACGUCAGCGGCCCUCUCACCCCCACCCUCCUCCAGUACCCAUCCUUUCCUCCUCCUCUACUUCCUCGGCUAAGAGUAUGAAGCGAGCACGCUGGUUGAGUUACAGCACCUCCAACAUCUGUUUUAACUCCAUCCUGGAUGGACGCUUCAGGCAGUUGCAAGAUGAGCGCGAGGCAGUUCAGAAGAAGACCUUUACUAAAUGGGUCAACUCAAUCCUUUCCCGAGUCGGCUGUCGCAUCUCUGACCUCUACCUGGACCUGCGGGACGGACGUAUGCUCAUUAAACUGUUGGAAGUGCUUUCUGGCGAACGGCUGCCAAAACCCACUAAAGGCCGGAUGCGCAUCCACUGUUUGGAAAAUGUGGACAAGGCUCUGCAGUUUCUCAAAGAGCAGAGGGUCCACCUGGAGAACAUGGGGUCCCACGACAUUGUCGACGGCAACCAUCGCCUCAUCCUCGGACUCAUUUGGACCAUCAUCCUGCGUUUCCAGAUCCAGGACAUCGUCGUGGAAACGGGCCAGGCGGACCAGAAGGAGACACGCUCAGCUAAAGAUGCUCUUCUGCUGUGGUGUCAGAUGAAAACUGCGGGAUACCCCAAUGUCAACAUCACAAACUUCACCACCAGCUGGAAAGACGGCAUGGCCUUCAACGCUCUCAUACACAAACACCGACCAGAUCUGGUGGACUAUGGCAAAUUGAAGAGGUCUAAUCCGACCCACAACCUCCAGAAUGCCUUCAAUGUGGCAGAGCAGAAGCUGGGCGUGACCAAACUGCUGGACCCAGAAGAUGUGUUCACAGAGAACCCAGAUGAGAAGUCCAUCAUCACGUAUGUUGUGGCGUUUUACCACUACUUCUCAAAGAUGAAGCAGCUUGCUGUUGAGGGAAAGAGAGUUGGAAAGGUUCUGGAUCAGGCCAUUGAGACUGAGAAGAUGAUUGAUAAGUACGAGACGCUGUCAUCAGACCUGCUGACUUGGAUCGAGCAGACCAUCGUCGUGCUGAACAACCGGAAACUUGCCAACUCUCUGACUGGAGUCCAGCAGCAGCUUCAGGCCUUCAACACCUACCGCACUGUAGAGAAGCCGCCCAAGUUCCAGGAGAAAGGAAAUCUGGAGGUGUUGCUCUUCACUAUCCAGAGUCGUAUGAGAGCCAACAACCAGAGGGUUUACACACCUAAAGAAGGGGCCCUGGUUUCAGACAUCAACAGGGCCUGGGAGCGUCUGGAAAGGGCGGAGCACGAGCGGGAGCGUGUCCUGAGAGAUGAGCUGAUCAGACAGGAGAAGCUGGAACAGAUGGCACGGAGAUUCGACAGAAAGGCUGCCAUGAGGGAGACCUGGCUCCUGGAGAACCAGAGACUGGUGGCUCAGGACAACUUUGGUUAUGACCUGCCAGCAGUCGAAGCAGCAAAGAAGAAGCAUGAUGCCAUCGAGACGGACAUUGCUGCAUAUGAGGAGCGCGUUCAGGCACUGGUGGACAUCUCAAAGGUGUUGGAGGCUGAGCGUUACCAUGAUGCCAAACGGAUCGAUGUGCGAAAAGACAACGUCCUGCGUCUAUGGGACUACUUGCAGGAGCUGCUGAAGGCUCGGAGAGGGCGUCUGGAUAAGAACCUGACUCUGCAGAGGAUCUUCCAGGAGAUGCUGCACAUCAUCAGCUGGAUGGAUGAAAUGAAGGCUCGGGUGUUGUCUCCUGACUUUGGGAAACACUUGUUGGAGGUGGAGGAUUUGUUACAAAAGCACGCGCUGUUAGAGAAUGAUAUCGCUCUGCAGGCAGACAGGGUGCAGAGCGCCAGUGGUGCUGCUCUGAAGUUUGCCAAUGGAGACAGUUACAAACCAUGCGAUCCUCAGGUGAUCCGGGACAGGGUGCAGCACCUGGAGCUGUGCUACCAGGAGCUUUGCACACUGGCUGCCCAGCGAAGAGCUCGCUUGGAGCAGUCUCGCCGCUUCUGGAACUUCUUGUGGGAAGUGACAGAGCUGGAGAGCUGGAUCAGAGAGAAGGAGCACAUUUUCUCCUCCCUGGAUUAUGGCAAGGACCUUACGAGUGUGCUGGUGCUCCAGAGCAAACACAGCGCCUUCGAGGAUGAGCUCGGAGCCCGCCGUGCCAACCUGCAGCAGGUCUUGGCUGAAGGGGACAAAAUGAUCCAAGCAAAGCACUUCGGCUCCCCGAAGAUUCAAGAGUGCAUGGACGACAUCAGGAGGCAGUGGCAGCAGCUGGAGGAGCUGGCUGCAUUUCGAAAGCAGAACCUCAUGGACACCCAGACGUUCUUCCAGUUUCAGGGAGAUGCUGAUGAACUUAAGGCCUGGUUGCUGGACGCAAAGAGGCAGAUGAGCAGCAACGACGUAGGUCAUGAUGAGUACACAACUCAGCGGCUACUGAAAAAUCAUAACAACCUCAAGAAUGAAGCAAUCAAGAAUGGGGCCACUAUUGACGCUCUAUCAAAGCAGGCCAACGCGUUGCCAGAGGAGCUACAAAACACCCCUGAUAUUCAGAGACGUCUGAAAGACAUUAAGGACCUUUACAUGGAGCUCCUGGUUCUGUCUGAUCUGAGACAGAAGAACCUAAAUGACACCAUGUCUCUGUACACUAUCUUCAGUGAAACAGAUGCAUGUGAGAUCUGGAUGGGCCAGAAGGAGACGUGGUUGGUGGGCUUGGAGGUGCCUGAAAAGCUGGAGGAUCUGGAAGUUGUACAGAACAGGUUAAGCAUUUUAGCUCAAGAUAUGGCAAAUGUUCAGUCAAGAGUAGAUGAUGUCAACAAAGCCGCAAAACAGCUCGAGGACAGCAGACAUCCUCGGAUCAAAGAAGUCAAGGACUGCCAGACCCGACUAAAUAAGAGAUGGGAGGCUUUCAAGGCCAUGGUGGAGGAGAAAAAGAGGAAAGUAGAUUCUGCUGUUAGUCUGCACAACUAUGGUUUGGAGUGUGAUGAGACAGAAGCGUGGAUCAAAGAUAAGACACGAGUGAUCGAGUCCACGCAGGACUUGGGCAAUGACUUGGCAGCUGUCAUGACCAUUCAGAGGAAACUGUUUGGCAUAGAGAGAGAUUUAGCAGCCAUUGACACCAAGCUUACCUUCCUGAGAAAAGAGGCAGAAGAGCUGGCUCAGGAUCACCCCGAGAACGCAGCAGAUAUCUUGGCUCGCAAAGGAGAGCUGGAUGGAGCCUGGGACACGCUUAGAAAGACCCUGAAAGACAGAGAAGAGUCUUUGGGUGAAGUCAGCAAGUUACAGACCUUCCUGCAAGACAUGGAUGACUUCCAGUCCUGGCUUUUCAAGGCACAGAAAGCGGUGGCAUCUGAGGAAAUGCCCACUUCGCUACCAGAGGCUGAGGAGCUGCUGAGUCUUCACGACGCUGUGCGCGAAGACAUUAACAACCACGAGGAGGACUAUCACCGUGUGAGGGACACUGGGGAUCAGGUCACCCAGGGUCAGGAGGAUGAUCCUCAGUACCAGCAGCUGGAUCAAAGGCUAAAGGGUUUGGAUCGGGGGUGGUAUGAACUCCAGAAGAUGUGGGACAGCCGCAAAAACUUCCUGGACCAGGGUCUGGGCUUCCAGCAGUUCAUGAGGGACGGCAAAGCCGUAGAGGCCAUCCUCAAUAACCAGGAGUAUACAUUAGCUCACAUAGACAAGCCAGACACCUUGGAUGGAGCGGAGAAGGCUUUGAAGAAGCACGAGGACUUUCUGAGCACCAUGGAGGCCAACGAGGACAAGAUCGAUGGCGCUCUGCAGACCGGGCAGCGGCUGGUGAACAGCAACAACCUCUACUCCGGGAAAGUUCAGGAGAAGAUGGACUCAAUCCAGGACAGGCGCAACAAGAACAAACGACGAGCUGAGGAGGUUUCUGAGAAGCUCAGAGAUAACCGUGACCUGCAGCACUUCCUGCAAAACACUCAAGAUCUGACUGUGUGGAUCAACGAAAAGAUGCUGACAGCACAGGACACCUCGUACGAUGAGGCCAGGAACCUCCACAGCAAGUGGCUUAAACAUCAGGCCUUCAUGGCGGAGCUGGCCUCCAACAAGGACUGGCUCAACAAAGUAGACCAGGAGGGUCAGGAGCUCAUGGAGUCCAAACCUGAGUUUGAGCCUAUUGUGAGGGAGCGUCUGGCCAAGCUCCAUGAGCUGUGGGACAAACUGGAGUCCACCACUCAGGAGAAGGCUCGGCUGCUGUUUGAUGCCAACCGCUCUGAGCUUUUCGACCAGAGCUUGGCUGACAUGAAGAAGUGGCUGGGCGAGCUGCAGCAGCAGCUACAGAGUGGAGAGGAGGAGGUGAAAGACCUGACAAAUGCCAACAUCCUGCUCAAAAAGCAUCAGAUGACAGAGAACCAAAUUCGUGACCGGGCGCGGGAGCUGGAGGAGCUCCAGGACGCCGUCAGCAAGCACGGUGGUGGAAGAGAAGACCAGCCGGAGCUGGAGGCUGAGCAGCAGGCCCUGCAGGGGGAGUUCCAGAAGCUCUUCACACCACUGGCCCAGCGCAAGAGCAAGCUGGAGGCCUCCAAAGCUGUCCAUCAGUUCUACAGAGACCUAGCUGAUGAGCUUCUCUGGAUUGAGGAGAGGAUGCCCCUGGCAAUGUCACAAGAGCAUGGCAACAAUCUUCAAACAGUACAAAUGCUGUUAAAAAAGAACCAGACAUUGCAGAGGGAGAUCGAGGGCCACCAGCCUCGUGUUGAUGAAGUACUGGAGCGAGGAAGAAGGAUGACUGUUGCUGCCAGCGCCGAGGGCAGACCGGAGGCAGAGCGGAUCACAGACCAGCUGAAGGAGCUGGAGGAGGCUUGGGUCCGGCUGAAGGAUGAGAUGGCCAAGCGGCGGGAGAGGUUGAAUGGCUCCAACUUGGUUCAGCAGUAUUACAAUGAUGCUGACGAAGCGGAGGCCUGGAUAGGGGAACAGGAGCUCUACAUGAUUGCGGAUGAAAAGGCUAAGGAUGAACAAAGCGCCAUGCUGAUGCUAACGCGCCACAUGAUCCUGAAGCAGGCAGUGGAUGACUACGCUGACUCCAUUCAGAAGCUAGCUGAUCGCGCCCACAAGAUGUUUACAGAGGACCAUCCUGAUGGUGAGGAGAUCAUCAGGCGACAGGGCCAAGUAGAUAAGCAGUACGCAGGCCUGAGGGAGCUGGCAGAGGACCGCAGGAAGAAGCUGGAUCACACUUACCACCACUUCCUGCUGAGCCGAGAGGUGAAGGACCUGGAGCACUGGAUUGCAGAGAGAGACCUGGUGGCCUCCUCUCAGGAGAUGGGUCAGGACCUGGACCAUGUCACGCUUCUGAGGGAUAAAUUCAGAGAAUUUGCCCGGGAGACGGGGAUGGUGGGACAGGGGAGAGUGGACGGGGUCAACCAGACGAUAGACGAGCUGAUUGAAUCUGGGCACAGUGAGGCGGCCACCUUGGCAGAGUGGAAGGACAGCAUAAAUGAGAGCUGGGCUGAUUUGUUGGAGCUCAUUGACACACGGGCUCAGCUCCUCACAGCAUCGUACGAACUGCUCAAGUACUUUGAUGAUGGAAAGGAGCUGGUGGCUCAGAUCCACGAGAAGCAAAAAGAGCUGCCUGAGGAUGUGGGUGAAGAUUUCAGCAAAGCAGAAUCCUUCCACAGGAUGCACGCCGCCUUUGAGAGAGACAUCACCGCUCUGGGCAAACAGGUUCAAGAGUUCCAGCAAAUGGCUUCAAGGCUUCAUGCCCAAUAUGCAGGGGAGAAAGCAGAAGCUAUUCAGGCCACUGCCAGGGAGGUGAUGGAGGCCUGGAAGGGCCUGCUGGAUGCCUCUGAUGGCCGCAGGGCGCAGCUGGUGGACACAGCAGAGAAGUUCCGCUUCUUCAGCAUGGUGCGAGACCUGUUGGCCUGGAUGGAGAGCAUCAUCCAGCAGAUAGAGACUCAGGAGAAGCCAAGGGAUGUCUCCUCAGUGGAGCUCCUGCAGAAGUACCACCAGGGGAUCCGUUCAGAGAUUGAAGCCAGGGAAGCCAAAUUCACAAGCUGCAUAGACCUGGGCAAGGCUCUGCUGACGCGCAAGCACCGAGACUCUGCUGAGAUCAAAGAGAAGCUGGUGCAAGUGAUGGAGAAAAGGAAGGAAAUGAUGUUCAAGUGGGACGACAGAUGGGACUGGCUUCGACUCUUGCUGGAAGUGUGUCAGUUUGCACGAGAUGCCUCAGUGGCUGAGGCCUGGCUGAUCGCUCAGGAGCCCUACGUGACCAGCAGAGACUUGGGCCACACCGUGGACGAGGUGGAAAAGCUCCUCAAGAGGCAUGAAGCCUUUGAAAAAUCCACUGCAGCUUGGGAGGAACGCUUUUCUGCACUGGAGCGCCUCACCACGCUGGAGUUGUUGGAGUUGAGGAACCAGCAACAGGAAAUUGAGCAGUUCAUUAAAGACGGGCAACGCUCAGACAGCAGGAGAGAAGAUACAGGCUUUGUAGAAGAAUCUUCACAACUCUACACUAUUGAGGAACAGACUCUGUCUGGUGCAGUGGAGCCCAGUUCAGGUCAGCUGGCGGGGACUGCUGGUGACUCCACAGUACUCAUGGUGUCAGAAAUGGGAGAGAGUGCUUCGCUGGAGCGAGAACCCUCUGUCUCUGCAAUGACUACAAAAGAACCCGAGAGGGCUGCCACCAUGCCCACAGAGCCCCUCAGAGGCCAGGCAGUGCUGAUGGAGGGCAUGUUGGGUCGCAAACAUGAUGUUGAGGGCUCCGGAAAGAAGGCUUCAAGCAGGUCGUGGAACAACCUGUAUUGUGUGCUGAAGCCGGGUCAGCUCUCAGCCUAUAAGGAUGCCAAAAGCUUUGGGCAUGGAGUGACGUAUCACGGCGAGGACCCCCUGUCCCUCAGUAAUGCCAGCUGGGAGAUCCUCACCAACUACAAGAAGAAAAAACAUGUUGCCAAGCUACGUCUUGCAGAUGGCAGUGAAUAUCUGUUCCAGUGUAAAGAUGAGGAAGAGCUCCAGCGCUGGAGCCAGGCCAUGGAGAAGGCCGUUCAGACCCUGGCAGCGGAGGAGGCGUCGGGGCCCUCGGGGUCCAAAACCCACAGCCUGCCUGCUCCCUCCUCCUCCUCAGCUGCCCUGCCUGAGCCCAGCUCUGCCAAGAAAGACAAGGAGAAGAAGUUCAGUCGUUUUGCCAAGAAGAAGUGAAGGAGCUAGGAAAGCCAUCGGGACAGGGAGUUGCCUUGGCAACCUGGAAGGAGAAAGUAGUACUUGUGUACAAUCAAUCAGAGCAAGCUUUUUAUCACUAGAUUUUUUAUAUUAUUUUGUGAGAAUUAACAGAUAUUGUAGUGUAGGUUAAUGCCAUCACUUUUUGCCUGUAUUUAAGCCAAUAUAUAUUACAAAGAUCUUUUUUUCUUUGUGUUCUUUUUAACAAAUACCAGACUCAAAGCAUUAAAUUAAAGCACAGGAAUGCUCCUUUCACACUCAACCAAAGAAUGUUUGUAAAACCUUUUUUUUUUUUUUAUUUACCUGCAAUUUCUCCCUUUCUUAAGGCAUGCUUUCAUAUAGCCAUGUACAAUAUAAAGGCCUCUAAUGAACAUAAGGUGACUCAAGAGUACUGAAUGGUACUUUGAUUAAUCUGCCUUAUAAAAUGGUUGUGAACUCUAAUACUGUGCUGUUUGAGUUUGGAGCAAUACAUGCUACUUACAGAGCCGGAGUGAAGUGAAUAAUCCAGAUAAAGCUUUUGUAAAUGCUGUGUAAAGAUUUGAUGAUGUGAAAAGGGUAGUGCAGUGCUGUACGAUGCACACACACAUACAUCAAGCAUAACUGCAGUUGUGCAAACUAUAUUAUCUAUGCACUGAGAAAGGUUUGUCUUUUAAGAGAUUUUUAAUUGGCAACAAGCAGUCAUGUGACACCACUUGACAAAAUUUAAAUAUAAAACCAAGUCAGGAUGUUCUCAACCAGUAAGUUAUUUCUGUGAACGUACACUUGUUUAUCAAACUGAAAAUGUAAUAUUUAUUAAUUAACAUAAAAACAGUAUAUAUACACACAUAUCUACAGAUGCAUGGAGUAUGUUUUAUGUUAGUCUGAUAUGGUGCUAUUGUGAUACUCUUUAAACUUCAUUAAGACCAACUUGACAUGCCUUAUUUGUCUCCAACUUUGGCUUCCAGUGACAGAAAACAGGAAUGCUUCCUGCUAGCAUGCAGAAAUCUGGGGUUUGUUUCAUAACGGUGGCUCACAAGUGCAGGUCUAACAAACUCACAAAGUACCAACCUGUUUUCCAGAACAAGUCU